UACUGCCCGUUGCGUUGCAAUUACAUCUCAGAUAGUUUCCUCUCCAUCGUUGCGAUUCUGUACAUCUGAUUUGAACACCGAAAAAAAAGUGUUCUGCCCUCUCGGAGGGGAAUGUUUUUUUGGUUGUAUGUCUUUUUACGAGAUUGCUGGGUGAGAAUUUAAGUUCCAAUUGAUUAAUUAUUUCGAAAUUGUUGGUUUAUGAUGAAUCUCACGGGAAUUUACGAGACUGGUUUCGGGGAAUCGAUUUCAACGUCAAUGUGAGAUGGAUUGUCGGUUGGAACCUCAAAGACCUAAUUGGAGGAAGCGCUGUUUUACGUGGAGAUUUGGGGUUUUUUCUUGAUGCGACCGGAGGAGACAUCUCUGUAGUUAUAUUUUGGGAUACCUAUAAUUGUUUGAGGAGCAAUUUUGGUUGUUUUUCCCUGAAGAAGGAGAAAAAUGUUUGGAAGGGAAAGAGAGAGCAAAGAGCAGAACGGUGGGCGUCCUGGUGGACAGGUCAGAGUCCUUCUUGUUGGUGAUUCAGGAAUGUACUUGAGCUGGCUGAUAUUUUGAAAUGAAAGAACCACCAAUGAUCCAGAGAUGGAUUAAUCUCAAUGUAUAAAGUGACAAUCUCUAAGAAUAGAAACUGUUUUUGACAGAAGAGUGAAUGUUCUAUUUUCAGUGGAGUCUGGACAUUUAUGAAUAGUAAACAAGGUGUGGGGAAGACUUCUCUCGUUCAUCUGAUCAUGAAAAGUUCUUCAAUAGCUCGUCCUCCUCAAACUAUUGGAUGUACAGUCAGUGUUAAGCAUACGACUUAUGGAAGCUCUGUUAGCUCAUCAAGUAGCAUCAGAAGCGACAAUGAGAGGGAUUUUUUUGUUGAACUUUGGGAUAUAUCAGGGCGUGAAUGUUAUAAAGAUUGCCGGUCUCUGUUUUACUCUCAAAUCAACGGGGUUAUGUUUGUUCACGAUCUGUCUCAAAGGAGGACAAAGGCGAGCUUGCAAAAUUGGGCUGCUGAGAUUGCAGAAAAUGGCACAUUCUUAGCACCAUUAGCAUCGGGUGGGCCGGGGGGCCUUCCUGUCCCUUACAUUGUUAUUGGUAAUAAAGCUGAUAUUGCAGUGAAAGAGGAAAAUGGUAAUCUUCUCGAUGUUGCUCGUCAAUGGGUUGAGAAACAGGGUCUUCUUCCACGGAAUGAAGAACUUCCGUUAACUGAGACUUUCCCUACUGGUGGAGGACUCCUAGCAGCUGCAAAGAAAGCAAGAUAUGACAAGGAAGCAGUGAUGAAGUUUUUCCAAAUGUUAAUUAGGAGGAGAUACCUGUUGGAUGCAAGUGAAACCCCGCCGUGGUCUCAGGUGCAGUUUACUCGACGGCCAUCAUCAUCAGGUGAAAUUAUAGAUGAGGGCCAACUUGAUGUUACAACUUCAAGUGUGAAAUAUAAUAUGCUUGCCACAACUGACUGAAUUGAUUCACUGCCUUCCCCAAGACACAGGUGCUAAUAUCAAUCCAUUCAUGUGUGUACUUAUUUUGAGGAUCUGUUAUGUUUUAUUUUUCAUUUUAUAUAGUAUAUGAAUGUUAUACUUAAUAUAAAAAUUAAUACUAUAUUUUUAUAAUAAAUUUGUGCUAAAAUAAAUAAAAAAUUAUAGAGUAUAAAGCAUGAAUCUCUUCUUUGAUAUAUGUAAGCUC